AUGAACCAUGGUAUCAACCACUCAACCAUGGACCCAAAACUGCACGACACAGUUGACGUUGUCUCUCUUGAACAGCGUGUCACAGACGACAAAGAACACGGCGCCGGCGAGCCGGUGCGCGUGCUCGACCACAAGCUCGAGCGUCGUAUCUGUUGGAAGUUCGACAUCAGGAUCCUGCCACUCAUCACCGUGAUGUAUCUGUUCAAUGCGCUCGACAAGGGCAAUAUCUCCAACGCAAAAACAGACAAGUUGGACGUGGAUUUGGGCAUCAAGGGCCAGCAAUGGAACAACAUGCUCUCCAUCUUCUACAUCCCAUUUGUGUUGUGCGCCUUCCCGCUCUCGCUUCUGAUCAAACGAUACAACGCCGCCAACGUGAUUCCGUGCUUGAUUACGUUUUACCGGCGUGGCGAGCUGGCCAGACGGCUGUCGAUUUUUUACGCCGCGGCCAACAUCGCCAACGCGUUCUCCGGGCUGUUGGCAUUUGGUUUGUUCCAGAUUAAAACAGAAAGACUUCACGGGUGGCAGAUUUUGUUUUUGGUCGAGGGUGGGGCAACCGUGAUUGUGGCGGUGUUUGCGUUCUUCUACCUGCCGCGGACGGUCGAAAAAGCAGCCUUUCUCACUGAAGAAGAGCGCGAGUGCGCCAUCUGGCGGAUCCGCACUGACUCGUCCUCGCUGUCCACCGAGAAAGUGUCGCUCAUGGACGCCAUCAAGGUGUUCAAGCACCCCGUCGCCAUUGCGUGGAUGUUCGAGGAGAUCUUUAUUGGAGUGCCGCUCAACUCCAUCAACAACUGGUUCCCGCAGAUCAUUGAGUCGCUCGGCAAGGGCACCGUCAUGACAAACCUGUACACGGUCGCGCCCAACGUGUGGGGGGCCGUGGCGCUAAUUUUCUGGUGCUUUGCGUCGGACCUGCUGCGCGUGCGGUCCAUUUUUAUCGUCCUGGCCGUGGCCUCCACGUUGAUCGGGUUCGUCGUGUUUGGCUGCAUCGACACACAGGCGCAUAUCGGUGUGGCAUACUUCUCGUGCUUCCUCAUGACUACCGGCUCGUCGGCGUCGUCAGUGCUCACUUCCACGUGGUACAACAACAACACGCCGAACGAGAACAGAAGAGUGGUGAUUUCUGCUGUCGGCGUGCCGUUGGCGAAUGCUGCGGGGCUCAUCUCGACCAACAUCUUCCGCGCAAAGGAUGCUCCGAAAUACGUGCCUGCCCUGGGAAUUACGGCCGGGUUUGGUGGUGCUGCCAUUAUCGCGGUGACCAGUAUUUUGACGUUUAUGGUGCUGGACAACCGUCGCAGAAACAGGGCCCAGGGCGUCUCCUGGACGUACCGAGACGUCCCCACGUACUUGCUCGCUGAAGGACCUUCGAAUCCAAACUACAGAUGGAUGUACUAA